CGAAGGUGUCAAGUCGUAUACAUAUUCGAAAGUAACUUAUUUUUCUGAAAAGUGAAAAAUAUCUGUUUGAUAAAUCCAAGUUAAGACAAUAAAUAAAGGCUAGAUUAUGGAUACAGCGACUUUAUUCACAGGCAACUAUGAAUGCUUAAUGCCUGCGACAAAGCAAAAGAUACGCAGAACCGGUCCGGGAGUUGCUAAGCGUCCCAGUGGUUUCAUAUCCCUAAACUUACUCUACCAGGACAGGGCGAAGAAGGCGAGGCAUCUGCAGCUGACCAAGAGAAGGCGCAAAUCUAACAUGGUCAACGUGUCCACGCAGACAGACAGCACAUUGGUGGUGCUGUGGAAUCAAAAGGUGUUGACAACGUUGCGCUAUGUGGUGCCAGCGCGUCAGGCGUGCACCUGCAAUUGGAGCGAUUAUUAUUUGGGUAGGACGAUCAUCAAUCUCAUCCAUUUCCUGCUAGUCAUCGCUGUGAUUAUUCUAAACUUGGGCGUUCUCUUUGGCAUUUACGAGAAGUCCAAGCUUUUGUUUAAAUUCUAGUCUCUGGCUAGUCUACGAUGCUAGCUUAAU